AUGAGCGCAACAUUUGCUGCCGAUCAAGCCUGCAAGGAAUGCCGGAGGCGGAAGGCCAAGUGCGAUCGGGCACUUCCGACAUGCAACCUAUGCGUCAAGUACCGCCGCCACUGCUUAUACGAGAAGCACGCCCGAACACCACUGACCAGGAAACAUCUCACCGAAGUAGAGGAGAGACUGGAACGUGCAGAGGCUCUCAUCACCCAUAUGCGGGCUCUCAUGCCGACUCAUUCCAGACCGAUAUCUUCAAUGACUAGGCAAAGGACCUCGGAUGCAUCUGCCCCGAAAGAUGAUUAUUCCUUUGACUUUUCAAGGUUGGAUAGGCCAGCCUUGAUUGAUUCGCCCUUCCGUCCGGACCCUGUCUCUCCUGAGCCCGGCAUCGUUCCUCAUAUCGAGGAUGGAGGUGAGAGACAGCCACAGCUACCCGAGACUUCCUUGCGUGUUCCACCAGUCCAUAUGCCAUCCUCAACUAGUUACUCGGACUCGAAUCUCGAGCAUACACGAGCGUAUAGAACGGCCCGUCACCAUCGUCAACCAGUAAACGAUGCGACACACAGAGACAUUAACCUUCUCGAAGCGCACCCUACCGAUGACUUCGAAUGGGACGAGCAAGAUACUCUCACAAACUACUCGGCCUCACCCGAAGCGACACUUGAAGUCGAUAGGAAUGGCGAUGCCGGCACGGAUCCUAUAGCAGACGGCAUGGCCUCGUUGGCAGUCAGCGAGAAGGAAUCGGGAUACCUCGGUGUCGCCUCUGGAGCAGCCCUGCUAAGGCUUCUCGAGCCCUCAACUCCCAAACGUCGAGCUCAUUCGUCGUCCUCGAGGACAGGUCACAUCAAUCUUACACAGUCCCCUCUUACUACACAACUAGACCUUAACAGGCACAUCACAGACGCCAUGAUCGACGCGUAUUUUCGGCUAUACCAUGUCAGCUACCCAAUAAUUCACGAAGCAACUUUCCGAGCACAGUAUGCGGGCGUGAUACCUAGGCCGUGUGGUGACUGCUGGCUAGUUCUGGCAUACACCGUUGCUGCCAUUGGCGUCUAUACCACGGCCACCAAUCUCGAUAACAUGGACAUGCACUUGUUCGCCCAAGCCCGUUCCAUCCUGUCUUUCAACUUUCUGGAAGUAGGAAACCUUACUCUUGUCCAGGCGCUCACACUCAUCUCCAACCAUCAGCAGAAGAGAGACAAGCCCAAUUCGGGAUACAACUAUCUCGGAAUGGCCGUGCGGAUGGCAAUGGGCUUAGGUCUACAUAAAGAGUUUCAAGGGUGGAACAUCUCGCCACUGAACAUGGAGAUCAGGAGACGCGUGUGGUGGUCACUCUGCGUCUUUGAUGUCGGCGCAACCAUCACCUUUAGUCGACCCUCAGUUUGGCCGUGUGAAGGCGUCGAAGUAUCCUUGCCUCUGAAUGUUGACGACAAGUCUUUGACUGCCAUCUCAAAGUCGUACCCUGCCGAGACACGAGAUAUCACCCCCUACACGGCAGUACGAACUCAGGCAAGUUUUCACAUCGCCACGACGCCCAUAUACACAAGGGUCAUCUCGAAGCCACUGCCAACUGCGAACGAGAUGCCCAAGCUCGACCAAGAGCUUCUCGAGCCGUGGCGAACCGGCGUGCCAUCUUACUUCUCCGAGACUGCAACUGUAUCACCUAAGUAUGUCCUCGCUCAUGCCGUCAUGAACUGGAGGUGCAGAAACCUUCGGGUCAUUAUGUACCGACCGUUCGUGAUCCGUCGAGCUCUCCAAGCCCGUGAUAGGAGAUUGGACGAUUCCCCCGAUAACGUUCAGGCUUUUGAAAAGUGUCUCGCAGACGCGAAAGCUACCAUUACUAGCAUCAGCGAAUUCUGGGAACGUAGCGAGAAAAACAGAUUGUCAGCGUGGUAUGCUUUAUACUUCCUUUUCCAAGCAGCCCUCAUCCCCUGCAUCUGUCUCCGCAACGAUCCCAACUCGAACAAUGCCGCAGACUGGCGAGAGCAAGUCACAACAACGAUCCGCUGCAUAGUCGCUUUAGCUCCCGUCAACUCCAGCUCUCCCCGCUGCUACCAAGUCAUCAUGGACCUUUGCGGGAGGUUCCUCAACGACGACGCUGCCGCCGCUCGUGUUCUGGCGGCACACCCUCGGGUGCAAACCGCGGCGAUGUCCGGCUAUGAGCCCAAUACGGUCCCAAUUGGUACACCUGAUCCGAUAGAUGAGAGCCCUCAGACGCAAAUCAACAGCGUCUUGUCAAUGAUGUGGCCCAAUGUCCCCCCGAUGGAGGCCGCCGACGUCGUCAUGGGCGACGAUGCUUGGAUGGAGUUUCUCAAAAGCGGGACAAGCGGUGACGGGGAUGGAGUAUGGUUCGGGAGUUGA